CUACUGUAUGGUGAUACAUCUGAGUACUGAUAAAUUUUAGUUGCAUAUAAAUCACAUUAUGUAGCAGAAUUUGGCUUAUAAGCUGUAAAAGCAGUUACAAGUAUUUUGUAACAAACUACAUUGUCUACAGACCUGAAGAUUUCUAGAAAGCACUUAUCUUGAUAUAUCUAAAGCUCACAAUGUUUGUAAGUUCAUAAAGUUCAUAAUGGCUGCUUUUUCAUGCAAAGACGUUCUACUUACUGGCAGAAUGAGAGAGAGGAGACUGGUGGGGGAUUUUGCAGUGUGAAAAAAAAAGGCUUUAUGUUUGUUUUUUUCGAGGCUGAACUUUCCUUCAAUUCCUCACGCUGCUGCUCACGCAACUGGGGCCAACCAAAACGCACACCCUCAGGAGCUGCCAAGAGCCCUUAUCAAAGCUUAUAGCAGCUUCUCACGCGAUUUGUGGAGGCGCAGAGGCUCUUCGCCCCUCCGAGGGGAGCCGUAGCUGUCCCGGGACUCCUUCCCGGGGGCUGCCGGGCGGGACCCAGUCUUCGCCGGACUGUCUGGGAGGCUGAAAAGGGGCUGAAGCUGCUCUCCCCUCUGGCCCUCGGUCUCUGGGGUUCACCCAGGCACUCGGGAGAACGCUUUGACGACCUGCUCCACCCCUGCUCCCCCCGCCCAGGCAGCUCCGGGAGGCUCUAGGUCACACGAGAGGGGAGCGGGGGGGAAUGAGCCGCAGCGGCGGCGGCAGCGCGGCGACAUGCACGUCAAUGGCAAGGUGGCUCUGGUCACCGGCGGGGCGCAGGGCAUCGGCAGAGCUUUCGUCCAGGCGCUGCUGGGCAAGGGAGCCAAGGUAGCGCUGCUGGACCGCAACUCCGAAGCUGGGCAGGAGAGCAAGGCGGCCCUAGAUGAGCAGUUCGAAGCGCAGCGGGCGGUGUUCAUCCAGUGCGACGUUACGGACCAGGAGCAGCUGAAAGGUGCUUUCAAAAAAGUAAUUGAACAUUUUGGAAGGCUGGAUAUUGUGGUUAAUAAUGCUGGAGUGAACAAUGAGAAAGACUGGGAAAGCACUAUACAAAUUAACUUGACAUCUGUGAUUAGAGGAACCUACCUCGGCCUAGAAUACAUGAGAAAAGGAAAUGGAGGUGAUGGAGGAGUAAUCAUUAAUAUCUCAUCCUUGGCAGGACUCAUGCCUGCUGCAUUCCAACCUGUGUACUGUGCUACAAAGCAUGGUGUAAUUGGAUUCACACGGUCAAUAGCAUUAGCGGCUAAUAUGGAAAACUACGGUGUGAGACUCAACACAAUUUGUCCAGGAUUUGUCAACACACCAAUUCUUCAGUCAAUAGAUAAAGAGGAGAAUAUGGGACAAUUUUAUUCGUAUAAGGAUGAGAUAAAAAAUAUGAUGCAGUUCUACGGCGUGAUGGACCCAUCAAUAAUUGCUGAAGGACUGAUAACAAUAAUUGAAGAUGAUACUCUAAAUGGAGAAGUUAUGAAGAUUACAGCAUCCCAAGGGAUUCAUUUUCAGCAAUACAGCCAAACACCUUUUACAUCAAAGAGAUAAAUAACUGGUUUAUGCUAAUUAUUUUUGGCUUUUCUUAAAUUUUAAAAACUUUUGAAGAGAGUAAUUUUUUUGAAAAAAAAAAGUUAGUGUUAGAGCAGUGACAGUGUCCAAACAUUCACAUCCUGAUACCAAAAAGAUGGACAAGAAAAUCUGGUGUGGGAAGAUGUUACCAUCUUAUUUUAAUUCUAUAAGCACUAGUAAUAGUAUUUAUUCAGCAGAAUAUACACAAUGUUCUGAAGAUUUUUGAUUAUGUAGUAAUAGGAGCCUGAUUGUUCCUUCUAGUAGUUCUGAUCUACAUACUCCAAGGGUAUUUUGGUGGACUUUGUAUAAUUAUUUUCACUGUCAUAAGUGUCUGCUUAUUUACAUCUUGAAUUCUUCAGAUCAGGAAUUCAGUUCAGGAAUCUAGAAGACAAAUAUACCAUUAAGGAGUUAAAAAUUUACUUUGUAUUAUGAAAUGCAAAAUAGAACAAAAGGCAAAAUUCUCUUUCCUCAUUUAUAUAUGCAACUAAAUAUGUUGCAUAUCAUACAAGA